AUGCGGCAGGCAAGCGGUCCCAUCAACUCCUCAGAGGACAUUAUGAAUGAUCCCGACACCGACGAAACCUCAGAGAGGGUGGCCCGCAUCGUUCGGCACGCCAUGGCCAGGGCCCCCAAGGAGACGUCCGCCGCAAUCCUAUCGGAGCUCAACCAGCUGGACAGGGUGCACCUGGUGCUGGCCCUGCAGGCCGCCGUGGACCGCGAGGCGAUUCAGCGGCGGGGCACCGCCUGGGUGGAGGACAACAUCCGGCACAUCGGCAGCGGGCACCCCUCCAGCGGCGGUGCGGCCCACACCCUGACCAGGCGCGCUGUGCAGAAGGAUUUGGGAUGGGAAGGGAGUUGGGAGGGGACGGCCCAGAUCGCUAGCGCCCUGGAGUACCAGCGCGUGCUGUCCAAGUUCUCCAUGUCUGGCGACAGCAUGCCCGGCAGGCGCCAGCUGCUGGCCGUGGCGCUGGCCUCCGGCCUCCCCUUUGUCGGGUUUGGCAUCAUCGACAACUCCAUCAUGAUCAUGGCGGGGGAGCAGAUCGACACGCUGCUGGGCGUCAGGCUGGGCAUCACCACCCUGGCCUCCGCAGCGCUGGGCAACCUGGUGGCGGACGUGGUGGGGGUUGGGGUGACGCACCAGAUCCAGAGCAACGCCAAGCGCAUCAAGUGGGCCGCCCCGCCCCGCCUGUCCACGCUGCAGCAGAACCUGCCACGCGUCCGAUAUGCAAAGUUUGCUGGGGCGGUGCUGGGUGUGUCCCUGGGCUGCAUCGUGGGCAUGGCCCCGCUGGCCUUCAUGGAGACCGGGUUUUUCGAGAAAGCGCCGCCAAAGGCCCCAGAGGGCAGCGCCGCCGCCGCCGACCUGAUGUCCGCAUGA